ACUUGCUGGAGGCACUUUUCACAAAUGACAAUGGACUACAUUCGUGCCUUUGAUGUGGAGCUGGAUCGGCCAGUGUUUUAUGCUGGGGAAAUGCUCACGGGCCAUGUCUAUGUGGAGGUUGAGGAGAACAUGCGUUUGCAGAGUAAGUAUAUCAGAUGCAUGGAAGCAAUAACAAUUUAAAAAAAAAAAAUGAAUAUACACUUUCUUUCUAAACCUGUAAAAAUAAAGCAAUGAAAAAUUCAUAAAUGAUUAACAUAUUAUCAAAGGAUAUAAUAUUCAUAAAUGAUUAACAUAUUAUUAAAGGAUAUUACAAUAGUAAAUUUAAAAAAAAUUAUUGUUAACUGUGCUUUAUAAUCAGUGUCCCCUCUAAUUUUUUUGUUUGGAGGUUACAUGCACAGAAAAUUAUGUGUGCGCAACAUUUUAGAGAUCUUGCACAUGUUUGUGCACAAUGUGAUAAAGCAAAAUCUAAAGAAUAAAUUGGCAGAGCGGGGAUCUGAGCAGAGCAAGCAAAACAGAAAAUAAUGAGGAUUUGCAUACUAGUUUAAAAAAUUUAAAUAAUAUUAUUUCUUUCUAUACAUAUUCUUUCUAAGAAUUUGAACAAUAAAAAUUUUUAAAAAUUAUUAUUUAAAAAAAAAAAAAUCUUGUGUGCGUACUUUAAUUUUUGUGUGCACUGGCUUUACAGAGAUGCAUUUGCGUACAGCUUAGAUGGAACAUUGUUUAUAAUAAAUUUUAUUAAAAAUAACAGUAAUUUCCCUACAUUUUUUAAUAGUCCCAAUGUUAGACAAGCCCCCCCCCCCCAACCGCCCUUUCCCACUCCAAAACUUAAGUGUUACAAAAGAUGGCUGAAAGAAAACUUACUGUCAUGAAAUUUGAAACACUGCAGCAAUCAUUAUUAUUAAAAACUUUAUGCUGAUUAACAUAACUAAUAUCGACCUCAGCUAUCUGCAACACAUAUUAUUUUAAACAUUUUGUGAGGUUUUCAAACAUUAGAAAUUUUAAAUUUUAUAUAAAAAAUACAUCAAACAAUCUAUUAUUAACAGCUUAGAAACAUCAACUAAAAUCUAAAUUAUGUUGAUGGUGACACACAAAGAAAUUAUGGUUUAUUAUUAGAUUCCAAAGGAUUUUAAUUUAUAACCAAAAUAAAUUCCAUUUUUUUGUGUGUGUGCAGAUAUUAAGGUCUUUCUCCGGGGUAAAGCUCAUGCAGAAUGGAAAAUAACUAGAGCAGGGGAGAGAAGAACAAUGAAACAAGAUGAGCAUUAUCUUGAUGAAAGGAUGAUGAUUUGGGGCAAAGGUAAAUAUAAGAGUGAUUGACUUGGAAAAGGAUUUUAAUUUAAGAAAUAGUUUGAGAUGAUUACUCGAUGUAAUUGAUAAAACAUGAUUAAAUCAAAUUUAAACUGUUAUGACAUUUUAAAUGAUUUAUAAUUUCUAAUAAUCCUUUAACCUCUAAUGGGUUUUAAAAGUUAUAGUUGGGUUUUCAUCAAACCAUGCCAUAGUUAACAGAUGCUCUUCUGUUGAGGACAUUAAACAAAGCUUUACAGCUGAAUUUAAAGGAAUGUUUAAUUAUAUAUUUUCACACUAAUGAAAGUUAACAAAAAUAAAAUUAAUUCAACUUAAGUUCACCAUUCAACCAAUAAAGUUUUCACUGACAUGGUUUUAUAAAAAUGUGAUGAAUGGGGUCAAGCUACUAUAAUAAUUUGCUUCCCUUUACCAUGUAAACUUUGACCAUCUAAUUAUAUAUCUACAGAGGAAAAUGAUUCUCACCAAGGGAUACCCAUUUUGAGCAGGGGCCGCCACCGAUAUCCUUUCCACUUUCAACUUCCUGAAACUGUCCUGCCAUGUUCUUUUGAGAGCAAAGUAGGAAAUAUUCGUUACUAUGUACGGGUGAACCUGAACAUUCCCUAUGCUUCAUGCCCCCAGUGCAUUCGCUAUUUCACCAUCAUUGGACCUCACAUAGAUUGUGUGGAUGAAAGAUUUUUGGUAAGUUAA